AUGCAUAACUUUGCUAGUAAACUGAGCCACCGAAAACUGGAUUACAGAAUCAACCAAUUGGAAAUGGCUCUCACCCAGUUCGGAUUCAUAGGAUUUGCGCUAGUCAGAGGAAGAUUCAUCGGUAUACAUGAAGUAUCAGAAGAAGAACUGAAGGGCUUCAUACACUUGUGGAGGGCAUUGGGAUAUGUACUCGGAAUAGAAGAUAGAUCUUGGAGUUCAUUGGAGAAGGUUCGAAAAAUGCAUAACUUUGCCAGUAAACUGGGCCACCGAAAACUGGAUUACAGAAUCAACCAAUUGGAAAUGGCUCUCACCCAGUUUGGAUUCAUAGGAUUUGCGCUAGUCAGAGGAAGAUUCAUCGGUAUACAUGAAGUAUCAGAAGAAGAACUGAAGGGCUUCAUACACUUGUGGAGGGCAUUGGGAUAUGUCCUCGGAAUAGAAGAUAGGUUCAACAUAUGCAGAGAAUCGGUGAAGGAAACUAAAGAGAUAUGUGAAGUAUUAAUAAGAAGAGUAUUUAUUCCCGGAUUGCAACAACCAGGUGACGAUUUCUACAAUGUUGCAAAGGUUGUUGUAGAAGGAUUCCGGGCAAUGAUUCCUGGACUCCACCUGGACAAUAUUCUUCAUUACAUUCAUAUGAUCAUGGAGUCAAACGAGGAUGUAGCCAAUUGUGCCAAGGAUCAUUUGUCACCGCUGGACAAAAUUGAACAAUUGAAAUUGAAAAUUUUAGUCAACAUCAUAUGGGCAAUGCAAUAUCGUAUUUUCAAGGGUCAAAACUGUUUUCACCAAAAUAGAUUCAGCUUUUGCCUCACAUCCCUAUUAGGCUUGACAGCUUUAGGUACCAGACCAGCGCUGAAGAUAUUGAUACUGACGAAACAACAAUGUACGCCGAUAAAAGCGUACAGAAGAUAUUUGGCAACAAUCUUAUACAUGCUGGAGUUAUAUGAAUAUGAUUUCAAACCUGGUUCCAAAUCUUGGAGUUCAUUGGAGAAGGUUCGAAAAAUGCAUAACUUUGCCAGUAAUCUGGGCCACCGAAAACUGGAUUACAGAAUCAACCAAUUGGAAAUGGCUCUCACCCAGUUUGGAUUCAUAGGAUUUGCGCUCGUCAGAGGAAGAUUCAUCGGUAUACAUGAAGUAUCAGAAGAAGAACUGAAGGGCUUCAUACACUUGUGGAGAGCGGUGGGAUAUGUCCUCGGAAUAGAAGAUAGGUUCAACAUAUGCAGAGAAUCAGUGAAGGAAACUAAAGAAAUAUGUGAAGAAUUAAUGAGAAGAGUAUUUAUUCCCGGAUUGCAACAACCAGGUGACGAUUUCUACAAUGUUGCAAAGGUUGUUGUAGAAGGAUUCCGGGGAAUGAUUCCUGGACUCCACCUGGACAAUAUGCUUCACUACACUCAUAUGAUCAUGGAGUCAAACGAGGAUGUAGCCAAUUGUGCCAAGGAUCAUUUGUCACCGUUGGACACAAUUGAACAAUUGAAAUUGAAAAUUUUAGUAAACGUUAUGUGGGCAAUGCAAUAUCGUAUUUUCAGAUUUAUCAUGAACAAUUUCCUUCUUUUGAUCAUUUGGUUGUGGAUAAACUUUCCUAUUGUGGCAUACUGGAAAUUUGGUAUAACUCAUCAUUCUCACGUGAGAAUUUGAAACAUGUGUUUUUGCGACUGAAGCAGUUGUUGCCACGGCAGUUAACAAUUAUUGUACAUUAACAAUUAUGUUUUAUUUGUGUCCACAUAUUCGUUGAGUGCCCCAGAGAUGUGACUAUAAUGUCUGAAUGCGCCUUGAGUAUAAUAUUUUUCUUUCGGUUAACGAUUAUUAUUAUACAUUAUGUGUUGAAUCUUCUACAAUUUGUUCUCAAUAAAAUUAUGAAUUAUCACAAAAUAUUUUAACUCACAUAUAUAUGUCCCUAUCUCAACUGUUGAUCACAAAAUAUUUUAACUUUUUGGUGACACUGAACAUAUACCUACAGUGUUUCAACAAUAGGUGUACUGUUGUUGUCCUAUUCAUAAUUGUACAAUUCAUGUCCAAUAGUUAUACAAUUUAUGUAUAGUAGCUAUGCAGUAGAUGUACAGGAUCAGCAUCCAAUAUGGAUAUCCAAACUUGUGGCAUCUGGAUUUACAAUGGAUGUGUAUUGGAUAGAAGCUGGACAUUUUGAACCAUCCAAUGUAUAUCCAGCAUGUCCAUGUACGUCUAUCCAAUUUUCAUCCAUUGGAG